AUGUCUCCCUCUCGACAGGAAAACGGCGACCAAGAAGCAAACACUGGGCGGAGGACUCGGGCGCCCUAUACUCAACGCGCUUGCACCGAAUGCAAGCGCCGUAAGCAGCGCUGCAGCGGCCAUGAACCG